AUGUCAUGGCGCCCGCAGUACCGCAGCUCCAAGUUUCGGAACGUCUACGGGAAGGUGGCGAGCCGGGAGCACUGCUUUGAUGGCAUCCCCAUCACCAAGAACGUCCAUGACAACCAUUUCUGCGCCGUCAACGCCCGCUUCCUCGCCAUCGUGACAGAGAGCGCCGGUGGGGGCUCCUUCCUCGUCAUCCCCCUUGAGCAGACAGGCCGGAUUGAACCAAACUACCCCAAAGUUUGCGGACACCAGGGCAACGUGCUGGACAUCAAGUGGAAUCCCUUCAUUGAGAACAUCAUUGCGUCAUGCUCCGAAGACACCUCGGUGCGGAUCUGGGAGAUCCCCGAGGGCGGCCUGAAGAGGAACAUGACAGAGGCCGUCCUGGAGCUGUAUGGGCACAGCCGGCGUGUUGGCCUCGUCGAGUGGCACCCCACCACCAACAACAUCCUCUUCAGCGCCGGCUACGACUAUAAGGUCCUCAUCUGGAACCUGGACAUCGGGGAGCCGGUGAAGAUGAUCGAUUGCCACACGGACGUCAUCCUAUGCAUGUCCUUCAACACUGAUGGCAGCCUCCUGGCUACCACCUGCAAGGACAAGAAGCUGCGGGUUGUGGAGCCACGCUCCGGCAGGGUCCUGCAGGAGGCCAGCUGCAAGAACCACCGUGUCAAUCGGGUGGUCUUCCUGGGCAGCACGAAGCGGCUGCUGACGACGGGGGUGUCGCGCUGGAACACACGGCAGAUCGCCCUCUGGGACCAGGAAGACCUGUCCAUGCCCCUGAUAGAGGAGGAGAUCGAUGGGCUGUCAGGUCUCCUCUUCCCUUUCUACGAUGCUGACACUCACAUGCUGUACUUGGCUGGCAAGGGCGACGGCAACAUUCGGUACUACGAGAUAGGCUCGGAAAAGCCCUACUUGAGUUAUCUCAUGGAGUUUCGCUCCCCGGCCCCGCAAAAAGGACUGGGGGUGAUGCCAAAGCACGGGCUGGAUGUGUCGGCCUGCGAGGUCUUUCGUUUCUACAAGCUCGUCACCCUCAAGGGGCUGAUCGAACCCAUCUCGAUGAUCGUGCCGAGGAGGUCAGAAACGUACCAAGAGGACAUUUACCCAAUGACUCCAGGUACGGAGCCAGCCCUCACACCGGAUGAAUGGUUGAGCGGGGUGAACAGAGAUCCCAUCCUGAUGUCGCUGAAGGAGGGCUACAAGAAGACAUCCAAAAUCGUCUUUAAGGCACCAGUGAGGGAGAAGAAGAGCGUCGUCGUUAACGGCAUAGAUCUGCUGGAGAACGUGCCGCCCCGGACAGAGAACGAGCUCCUUCGGAUGUUCUUCCGACAGCAGGAUGAGAUCCGGCGGCUGAAAGAUGAGCUCUCGCAGAAAGACAUACGGAUCCGACAGCUACAGCUGGAGUUAAAAAACUUACGUAACAGCCCGAAGAAUAAUUAA